AGAGAGAGAGAGAGAGAGAGAGAGAGAGAGAGAGAGAGAGAGAGAGGGAGGGAGGGACCGGAACAACAUAGUGUUAAACCAAAACGAUGGCAGAUAGAGUAUACCCGGCAGCCAAUCCUGCUGCCAACGGCAUCACUACCACCGCUGCAGUUGCAAACUCAACAUUUCCACCCACCAAAGGCAAGCUCUAUAAUAACACCACGUGCCCUAUCUACCGUCCCCAAUCACUCAGCAAGCGUCACCACAACUGCAGCUGCUGCUGUUCCUGCUGCCUCUGGACAACCCUCUUCAUCAUCUUCAUCCUUGUCCUCGUCGCCGUAGCCAGGGCCGUCUUCUGGGUUAUCUACCGUGCCCAUCGCUUCAACUUUAGCAUCUCCCCCCUUCAACUGUCCCACUUCAACCUCACCUCCACCGGGGUCAACUCCAAAUUCAACUUCACGCUCAUUGCCCGCAACCCCAAUAAGAAAAUCAAGUUCUUUUACGAUCCCAUCAAUGUUUUCGUACUCUCCGACGGGGUUGACAUUGAUGAUGGAUCUUUCCCAAGUUUUGACCAUGGGACUAAGAAUACUACCACUUUAAAAACUGUCAUCUCCAGCUCAGGUCAAAGUUCCGUGAGAAAGAGACCAUAAUGCCCUUGAUAUUUG